AUGUCCUUGCUCAACCCUCUGCAAAGGGCAGAAGGGCAGAAGGCAGAAGGCAAAAGGCAGAAGGCAAAAGGCAAAAGGCAAAAGGCAAAAGGCAAAAGGCAAAAGGCAAAAGGCAAAAGCAUAGGCACAGGCAAAGACAAAAUCCCAGGCCAUUGUGAAGGGCAAAAGGCAAAGGGCAAUGGGCAAAGGGCAAAAGGAAAAGGGCAAAAGGCAAAGGGCAGAAGGCUAAAGGCUAAAGGCAAAGGGCAGAAGGGCAAAGGGCAAAGGGCAAAGGUCAAAGGUCAAAGGUCAAAAGGCAAAGGUCAAAGGGUGAAGGGGAAAGGGCAAAGGUCAAAGGGCAAAUGGGAAAGGGCAAACGGCAAAGGGAAAGGAAAAAGGGCAAAGGGCAUAGGGCAAAAGAACAUGGCAGUGCCACAGGUAAACACAGCGGCCUAG